AUGAAGAAAAUGUUAUUUAUGAAUAAAAAAGAAAAGAAAGAAGAACAGUCACCAGCUCAUAGUAGUUUAGCACAACAACAUCAAUUGGCACAACAACAAUAUCAAUUACAGCAACAACAAUUACAAUUACAAUAUCAACAGCAUCAACAACAAUUACAAUUAGCACAACAACAAAAACAAAAUGAACAAAAUUUAGCGCAAUUAUCAACUUCGACAUCAUCAAAUAGUAGUGUUAAUAAUACUACUAAUACAAAUACAAAUACAACAAAUUCAUCAUCGAUAUCAUCUAAUAACAAUAAUAAUAAUAAUACAGCGGUACCAAUAUUAAAAGCACAUGAUUUUUGUGGAACUAUUAUGAUAUUAGGACAUACAGAGAGUGGUAAAACUACAUUACAAAGACAGUUGGAAUUUAUAUAUGGCGUUACAGAUCCAACCGAUGCAAAGCAUUAUCAACGUUUGAUUUAUGGUAAUACAUUGGCAACGUUAAUUCGUUUCAUUGAGAAUAGUGAAAGAUUAAAUAUAACCUUAUCACCUGAUAAUUUAGCUCGAGUUAAAAGAAUACAAAGUCAACCAGUUGAAUUGGCUAGAAAUAGAUUACCAAGAUUCCCCCUAAAAUUAGGUUGGGAUUGUAAAUGUAUUUGGGAAGAUAAAGUAAUUCAAUCAGUUUAUAAUCAUUCAAAAAUUUGUUCAGAAAUUAGAACUCCUGGUAGACCAAAAUAUUAUAUGGAUAGAAUGUUUAAAGUAUUUGAUCCAAGUUAUACACCCACAGAGAUGGAUAUUAUUAGUGCAUAUGAUCAAAAGGAUACUAUUCAAUCAUCAGCAAUCAUUCAUAAAAGAUUUAAAGUGGAUUUAUUUGGAUGUUCAGGUAAACAAUCUUCACCAAAGAAUUGGGUUGGUUUACAUCAAAAUUAUAAACCAAAUUAUAUAUUUUAUGUUGUAGCUUUAAAAGAUUAUUUUUCAGAUCAUUUAGUUGCAACACAAAAUACAGAUCCAACAAUUGUUGAAAUGUGUAAUAAUCAUAUUCAUAGAAAUUUAUUAUUAGAAUCAUUAAAUUCAUUUGAAACUUUAACAAAAUCUGAAUUAUUUGAUAAAUCAUUAGCAAUUUAUUUAAUUUUUAAUACAAGUGAUAUCUUUUAUGAAAAUAUUAAACAAUAUGAUUUAAAAUCUUGUUUCUCUGAAUAUGAAGGUGGUAAUGAUCCUGAAAAAGCUGUAUCUUUUAUAUCAAAUAAAUUUACAAAAUUCUUACAAAAUAAAGAUAAACCAUAUAAAAGUCAUAUUGUAAAUUUAUUAGAUAAAAAUAAUGUUAGAGAAGAGUUUGAAGGUAUUUUUGAUAGUUUAAAAAUUGAUGCAGAGAAAAGAGGUUUUACAACACCUUAUAAUCAAUCAAAUUCAUCACCAGUUUCAUCAAUUGGUUCAAAUUCAUCUAGGAAUAGUCGUUUACCAAAUACUUCAGUUUCAAUACCUGGAUUAUAUAGUAGUGAUAAUGAUAAUACUCGAUUAAAAAAUGUAAAUAAUAAUAAUAAUAACAACAAUAAUACAACAACAUAUGGAUCAUCAACAUUCCCAAGUUCAGUUAUAUCAACAACUGGUAGUAUAAGUAAUUCAAUUGCAAGUGCAAUGGAUAAUGAUAGUAGUUAUAGUAAUGAAUCAUCACCAACUUCUUCAAUGACAUUAUUACCAACUACUACUACUACAACAACAACAACCACUACCACAGCAACAACAACAGACUCUACUAAUAAUAAUAACAAUAAUGCAACGGUAGUAAUUGGAAAAGGAAAACCACCAAAAGAACCAAAACCUGUAAAACCACCUAAAGAACCAAAACCACCAAAAGAACCAAAACCACCAAAAGAACCAAAACCACCAAAAGAACCAAAACCAAUAAAAGAACCAAAAGAAAAACCUGUAAAGGAAUCAAAACCACCAAAAGAACCAAAACCAAUUAAAGAACCAAAAGAAUCAAAAGAACCAAAAGAACCAAAAGAACCAAAACCAACAAAACCACCAAAGGAGAAGAAGACAAGUAAAGUCGAUGGUGCAGCUGAAUCUAAAAAGAAUGGUGCUGAUAGUUGCGGUAAUGGUGGUGUUGGUAGUAAAAUUAAACUUGAAUCUGGUUUCGGUUCACUACAAGGUAGAAGAAAGAAUAUGGAGGAUACUCAUGUGAUUUUGAAUAAUCUAAUGGGGGCAGUAACCUACAAUGGUCCACCAAAGGAUAUACCAAUCUCAUACUAUGCAGUUUAUGAUGGUCAUGGUGGUACUGAAACCUCAACACUCUUGGAGCCAACAGUUCAUAAUUGUUUGGUCAAUUCUCAAAGUUUCCGAGAUGGUGACUAUGAACAAGCUUUCCGUGAUGCAUACGCUGAAGCUGAUGAUAUUGUAAUUGAAAAAUGUGAAAAGAGUGGUAGCACAGGUGUAUCGGCUCUAUUGGUUGGAAAUAAACUCUACACUGCAAAUGUAGGCGAUUCAGAGAUAGUUUUAGCACGUGCUCAACCAAAUGCAAAUCCUAAAGGACCCGUCACCUAUGAACCGGUUUUACUCUCCUACAAACAUUUGGCAAGUGAUGACCAAGAAAAGAAGAGAGUCACCGAUUUGGGUGGUAUGAUCAUUUUCAAUCGUUUGUUUGGUUCAUUGGCUGUUAGUAGAUCGUUUGGUGAUAAGGAGUACAAAGAGGGUGAAAAGAAGUUUUGUGUCUCUGAUCCUUAUCAAACAACAACCGAUCUCACUGCUCGUGAUCAUUUCUUCAUUUUGGCUUGUGAUGGUCUUUGGGAUAAGGUCGAAUAUGAUGAAGCCGUUCAAUUUGUUCAAAGAAAUAUAAAAUUGGGAAAAAGUGCAACUGAAAUUUCAGAAUUAUUAGCUCAAGAUUCUUAUGAUAGAGGUUCAGGUGAUAAUAUCACUGUUUUAGUUGUAAUUUUGAAUUGGAAUUAA